AUGGUCAGGGUCAAUGACCCUCGGCACCCGCUAGCUCAGACAAAGCAUGACGUCAGGGACGGCGGCUUCUGCCUUUUUGAUGAGGACGCCGGUGACAGGGCGGGCGAGGGCAACCAGGGGCACUGGCCGGGCGGCUUGCGGCACGCCCAGCGGCCCCUACGCGCCACCGCUGGCGGACGCGCGUACCGGCUGCCUGCGUCGUACCAAGAGCUGAGGCGUCACCGUGUCGUGGUCUGCUCCUGCACCACCGCGGGCCUGCUGGCGCUGAUCGCGGAGGCGGAGGGGCGUGACCCAAACUGCCUGUUCGACUUCGUCUGGAUUGACGAGGCGGGCCAGGCGCUCGCGCCGGAGGCCCUCGUGCCCUUGACGCUCUGCAACCCCAAGGGCGGCGCCUCCAUGCUGGCUGGAGACCCCCGCCAGCUGGGCCCCGUCGUGCGCAGCGCGAGCGCGGCGCUUGCGGGGCUGUCUACGUCGCUGCUGGAGCUCCUCAUAGACUACCACAACAGCACCCAGUCGCAGGACGCGCAGCAGCAGCUGGCGGCAUUGGCGGCAGGCUGUAAUAGCAAGCCGCCCGAGGGGCGGCUGCAGCAGCAGCAGCAGCAGCAGCAGCAGCAGCACCACCACGAGGCAGGUGAGCAGCAACAGCAGCAGCAGCAGUGGGAGCAGCAGGAGCCACUGUCAACGCAGCAGCGCGAGCAGCAGCGACAGGACUCCGACGAGCAGCAGCGGCACCAGGCGGGCGCUUCCCUGAGCGCCUCGGAGCGGGGCGGGCGAGCGCGCGCGGCGGCGCGGCUGCACCUGCAUUAUGGCAUGCUGACCCGCAACUACCGCUCCCACGCAUCCCUCUUGGAGCUCCCCUCGCGGUUGUUCUACAAGCAGGCCCUCCAAGCGUGCGCGCCCGCCCCCGAGGUGGCGCCCCCGGCGUGGAGCGUCACCGCGGCCGCCGACGCAGCCGACGCCGACAGCGGCGCCGGCAGCGGCGGGGACGCGGGCGCGGGCGACGGCGACGGCCUGGCUGGCGCGGGGUCCAACGUGCUUUUCUACGGCGUGAGGGGUCAGCAGCACCAGGAUGCGGACGCGCCCUCGUACCACAACCCCGUCGAAGCCCUGGCGGUGGUGGAGCUGGUGGCAAGCCUGCUGGAAGAGGUGCGGGGCCAGGCUUUCGAGGGGCGCACACGCGCGUGCGCGGGCGCACCAGCCGACGGCCUCACGGCCCCAGCGGCGCCCGCUCCCCCCGCGGGGACGUCGGCGGCGCGGCAUCUCGGAGGCGUCCGGGUCGGAACGGUCGACGACUUCCAGGGGCAGGAGAGCCGGGUCGUGUUUGUGUCCACCACCCUGUCGCGGCCAGAGUCCCUGCCGCCAGCGCCGGCCGCGCCCAAGGCAGGGGCCGGCGGCGAAAGCCCCGGCGGCCGCGGCGACGGCGGCGGUGGCAAGGGGCCGGGAGCGCCGCGGCAGGAGGAUUUGCUCUCGAUCGGCUUCUGGCAGUCGCCAAAGCGCUUCAACGUCGCCAUCACCAGGGCAAAAGCCUUGCUGGUGGUGGUGGGCAGCCCCACAGUGUUGGCGCGCGAGCCCUACUGGCGCCAGCUGCUGCGCCACGCCGCUGCGCGCGGCUGCUUUCGCGGCGCCGGCGCGCAAGAGAUUGCCGCGCUGCUGCGCCGCCGCGCGGCGCCGCCACCGCUGCUGCGGUUGCCGGGGGGCUCGGGCCAUGCCGCAGCUGUGGAGGAUGGCGGGGAAGGCGAGGCCUCUGGGGCUGAUGGAGCCACUGGCGGCAGCGGCGAGGGCCCAGGGCUGCGGGGCCGCCUGCCAGACGCAAUCGACGAGUGGGGCGGCGCAAGCAGCAGCCCGAGCGGCAACGGCGCCGCGCUGCGGGCGGCGUGGGGGGGCAGCGAGGAGGACGAGGAGGGGGAGUUUGGCACACACGGGGCGGAGGGCGCGGACGGCGCUGAGCUGGCGGCGGCUGCGGCUCAGAUCGCUGAGCUGGCGUACCUCGGGCUGGGCGAUGCGGACCGCAUCUACUAUGAGACCCUGGACGAGUUCUACGAGGCCACCCUGGACGAAGCAAACUUCAGGGUGGUGCUGUGA